UAAACGGUCGCGGCUUCGCGGAGUGAGAACACCGACGCAUCCGACCCGCACGCGGCGGGGGCAAGUCCGGCCAAACGCCGAGGAUUUACCCGCGGCACUUCAGCCGAGCUGCCCCCCACCUCCCCCCCACCUCCCGGGGGGCUGGAAGAAGAGGAGGUCCGGCUUCGCCGUUGGGAGGUGGCGCAUUUAACGUUGAGAAAGUGAGGAAUGAGAGAGAAGCGUCGGGGCUCGGCGGUCCGGGACCGACGCUGCGAGCCGUCGGCUAGCGAGUAACACCGCCCAAGUCCCCGUGGCGGACCCGAAAGCGGGUCUCAAGUUCCUAACCGACCGGUAAACCACCGGAACUAGUCCAGCGCUCGUCAACUCGGACUCGGGGCUCCUGCUAGCCGGAUUGGAGGAUUUUCCAAACAUGGAGACCGACUCGGCGGCGGGCGACGUGGACCCGCUGGUGGAGCGGAUCCUGGCCGACUCUCUGUGCCAGCAGCAGGGCUGGGUCCGGGUCUACGAUGUGAAGGGCCCACCCGCUCACCGGCUGUCAUGUGGUCAGUCUCCCUACACAGACAGCGUGUGGGAGAGUCGGUACUGCAUCCUAACAGACAGACAGCUCAUCCUGCUAACCAAGGAUGAAGAGGCGCCAGGCGACGUCCAGGAGAGCCCCACCAGCUCAGCAAAGGGCCGCAGCCUCCGCAGGACGGUCAGCGUCCCGUCAGAAGGGCAGUUCCCAGACUACCCAGCAGAGGGCGCCACCAUACUGGAAGUAUCUCUGGAGCGCUCUCCGAGGAGGAGGAGUAUUUCGGGUCUGGGAGGUUCAGAGAAGAGCGUUGCCAUUGACAACCCCAACUCUUCACCAUUCAAAGUCCCGGGUUUCUUCAGUAAGCGUCUAAAAGGCUCUAUUAAGAGGACCAAGAGUCAAACCAAACUGGACCGGAACACCAGCUUCAGACUGCCCUCCCUCCGACCCGCCGACACAGACAGGUCGCGGGGGCUGCCCAAGCUGAAGGAGUCCACUUCCCAUGAGUCUCUGCUGAGCCCGGGGAGUGCGGUGGAGGCGCUGGACUUGGGGAUGGAGGAGGACGUCUACAUCAAACCGCUUCACAGCAGCAUCCUGGGACAGGAGUUCUGCUUCGAGGUCAGUUUCUCAGGAGGCAGUAAAUGUUUCAGCUGUGCUUCAGCUUCAGAGAGAGACAAAUGGAUGGAGAACCUCCGGAGGACCAUCCAGCCCAACAAGGACAACUGCCGGCGGGCAGAGAAUCUCCUGCGGCUGUGGAUCAUAGAAGCAAAGGACCUCCCUCCUAAGAAGAAGUAUUUCUGCGAGCUGUGUCUGGACGAUGUGCUGUACGCCCGCACCACCAGCAAGACGCGUCACGACAACCUCUUCUGGGGCGAGUACUUUGAGUUCACCAGUCUUCCCGCCAUGCACAGCAUCACUGUGCACAUCUACCGAGACAUGGACAAGAAGAAGAAGAAGGAUAAGAACAACUACGUGGGGCUGGUUAACAUCCCUGUGGCCACUGUGACGGGCAGGCAGUUUGUGGAGAAGUGGUACCCGGUCAGCACUCCCACCACCAGCAAGGCCAAAGGAGGUGGGCCAUUCAUCCGCAUCAAGUCCCGCUUCCAGACCAUCUCCAUCCUUCCCAUGGAGCUAUACAAAGAGUUUGCUGAGUUCAUAACCAACAACUACACCAUGCUGUGCUCGGUGCUGGAGCCGGUCAUCAGUGUCAGGAACAAAGAGGAGAUGGCCUGCGCCCUCGUGCACAUCCUGCAGAGCACCGGCCGUGCCAAGGACUUCCUGACAGACCUGGUGAUGUCGGAGGUGGACCGCUGCGCUGACCACGAUGUACUGAUCUUCAGGGAAAACACACUGGCCACCAAAGCCAUCGAGGAAUACCUCAAACUGGUGGGUCAGAAGUACCUGCAGGAUGCCCUCGGUGAGUUCAUUAAGGCUCUGUAUGAGUCGGAUGAGAACUGUGAGGUGGAUCCGGGCCGCUGCUCCAGCAGCGAGCUGUCUGAACAUCAAAGUAACCUGAAGAUGUGCUGUGAGCUCGCCUUCUGCAAGAUCAUCAAUUCCUACUGUGUGUUCCCACGGGAGCUGAAGGAGGUGUUUGCAUCCUGGAGGCAGCAGUGUGUGUCCCGAGGUCAUCAGCAGGACAUCAGCAAGCGGCUCAUCAGUGCCUCCCUCUUCUUGCGCUUCCUGUGUCCUGCCAUCAUGUCCCCGUCCCUCUUCGGCCUCAUGCAGGAGUAUCCCGACGACCGGACCUCACGCACCCUCACUCUCAUCGCCAAGGUCAUCCAAAACCUGGCCAACUUUGCCAAGUUCGGUAACAAGGAGGAGUACAUGGCCUUCAUGAAUGACUUCCUGGAACAUGAGUGGGCAGGGAUGAUGCGCUUCCUGUCAGAGAUCUCUAACCCCGACACGCUGUCCAACACGCCAGGCUUCGAGGGCUAUGUUGACCUGGGUCAUGAGCUCUCUGUGCUGCACUGCCUCCUCUGGGAGGUGGUCUCCCAGCUUGACAAGGGUGAAAACUCCUUCCUGCAGGCCACUGUGGCCAAGCUGGGGCCCCUGCCACGGAUCCUGGGCGACAUCACCCUCUCCCUGACCAGCCCCGCCCACAGCCAGAGGCUCCGCCCACAAGACCACAGCUCUGCCCACAACAUCAGCGGCAGCCUGUCAUCAGGGCUGCACCGCAUCUUUGAAGACCCUGCAGACAGCGAUAGGCGGAGCCUCAGGUCCCCAGACGGUUACCUGAGAGAACAGUGUCCCCCGCUGGGCCAGCAGCACGCCUCCGGCCACAGCAUGAACGUCUCUGACCAGGAAGAGCGCAAUGGCCUCCUGCCCAACGGGCGCAGCGUCUCCUUGGUCGACCUGCAGGACCCUCACACUCUUCAGGGCUCUCCACCACACCACGAGGCCCCACCUAGGCUCAGUCGGGUGGGCUCCCAAGCCUCCAUCGGACACCCUCAGUCCCAGAACCAGACCAACCCGCUCACCCCCCAGCCCCAUCUCCACCAGGCCAAGGCCCCGCUGAGGGACAGCCUGCCCCAGAGUGUCCCCCAGGUCCGCCGGCCACUGCCCCCAAGCCUAAGCCAGCAGCGCAGUCUGCAGCCGCUUUCCUUCCAGAACCCCGUCUAUCACCUCAGUAACCCUGCUCACGCUGCUCGCUCCGCCCAGUCCCUGGGCCAGGACUCCAGCUCAGAGAACCUGAGCACUGAGAGCUCACACAACAGCCACAGCAAUGAUGAUGAGCUGAGCGGGGUUGGCAGCCAGGUGGGGGUUAAAGGUCGCGUGGCAUCCAGCAGCAGCCUGGACGAGUCAGGUGGCAGGCGGAGCGCGUUCAGUGAGGAGUGUUCUACACCACGCCGCCAUGCACUCGCAGAGCACACCCCCCUCACGGCAGUGGCCGUCCCCCGGCAAAGCACUGCCACAGGGACCGCCCACAUCGUCAAGGUGGAGCAGCAGAGCCGGGCAGGGGGUGGAGCCAGGACACCGCGCUCUCUGCCCCACAGUGCCUCCAUCAGGAGCAGCAGCAGCAUCAACACUGAGCCCAUGCCCACCGUCGGCCAUGCCAGCCGUCAGCACUCUACUUGCUCUGUGGAGAGCCCAGGACCUGCCCCAAGGAGCACCGCUAAGCCACCACAACAGGUCCAGUCCCCGGUGGAGACCAUCACCAUGUCCCCUGUAGAGAGGACAGCCGCGUGGGUGCUUAACAAUAGUCAGUACGAGGAGGAGGAGGCAGCAGAGAGGAGCCGUGAGGAAGGAAAGAACACAGAGAAGUAUGAACAGGAGAUCUCCAAGCUGAAGGAGCGUCUCCGCGUGUCAGGGAGACGUUUGGAGGAGUAUGAGCGGCGCCUCCUGGUUCAGGAGCAGCAGAUGCAGAAGCUCCUGUUGGAGUAUAAGUCUCGUCUGGAGGACAGUGAGGAGCGUCUCCGACGGCAGCAGGAGGAGAAAGACAGCCAGAUGAAGAGCAUUAUCUGCAGGCUGAUGGCUGUGGAGGAGGAGUUGAAGCGAGACCAUGCUGAGAUGCAGGCCGUCAUUGAUGCAAAGCAGAAGAUCAUUGAUGCCCAGGAGAAAAGGAUUAGCUCUCUGGACGCGGCCAACUGUCGUCUAAUGGCGGCGCUGACCCAGGUGAAGGAGCGCUACAGCGUUCAGAACCUCCGCAACGGCCUGUCGCCCACCAACCCCACCAAGCUGUCAAUCACUGAGAACGGAGAGUUUAAAAACAGCAGCUGCUGAUUGGUGGAUGAACAUGGGGGGGGGGGCUAAGCUCUGGGCAAAAACACUGACUUCACACCGCGGCUCCCCGGUGCCGUGAGCAGACCGGACGCAUUUACAAAGGAUGUCUAGCUAGAUGUAAUAUGUGUGUACAUAGACGGUGUGUGUGGCGUACAGACACCCACCCACCGGCUGGUCGAGCUUCUGGAUGAGCUGCAGAGGAAUCUAUUUUAAACCCAUUUGAAGUGUUGACUGAUGAAGAUGUGGAGAAUGGGAGGAAGAGGAGUUGGGUUUGCGAUUGACGUGAAGAAGCACAGAGGCCACGUUGAGCCUCGCCCUGGAAGACACUCCUCGAACUCAGACAAACCAAAAAGAUUGUCGGCACCCGGUUUUAUAACUGACUUUCUUUUUUUGUUCUUAUUUUGAUUUGAAACUUUUGGUUUUUAUUUGUUGACAAGUUGAAGUUGUCUUUUGAUCGGUGGCCGCUGAGUCAAAAACCACCUUUGAACCCCUCCCAGUUUUAACCGAUGAGUUGUUUGUGUUGAGAAUACUGUUCGUUAUCAAAAGACGUUUAAUUUAUUCCAACACUGUGGAAGCCAGAGAUCCCUGGGGGAGAGGAUUUGGAGCUCCCUUGAUUUUCUACUGUUUCUGAUGCCGCGUUGCUUUACUACUGUCACUAAGAGUCUGCUGUUCUCUCCUCCAUCUCAACAGAACAACAAGCCACCCAACCUGCUGGUUUGUCCUGGUACAUAUCUGUCUGUUGAGAAUAAAAACUACCUGGAAUUGUC